AUCAAGGAGAGCUUUGUGAUCGUCCCUAUCAGCUUGCUUGUAUAGCUCCGGCUACCCCAACCGGAACUCAUUCCGCAGCUGAAACCUAACCAGCGGUAAUUAUUUGAAGAUGGAUUCCUAUGAAGAUUGCCGUGGUCUUCCCCGUUUUGAUCGAAGACAGCUCGGUUCUGCGCGAACCCCGCGAGCUGGGUUCCUCGCAAACCCAGGCUCUUGGGUUCGCCUGGAGCAGACCUCACCAUAUUUCAAAAGUUACCCCUGAUAACAUUCAAGGAGUUGAACUGCACGAAGGUGAGUGGGGCGCGGAGGGUUCUGUCAUCUGCUGGAGUUAUGUUCAUGGUAAGGCUGAGUUCGAACCCUUGAUAGUUGAGGCAAUAGAUCUAGAGAACAACUCGAUCGCUUUCAGAGUGAUAGAAGGGGAUCUGAUGAAGGAGUACAAGAGCUUCCUAAUCAAAAUUGAUGUAACUCCGAAGGGCGAGGGCAGUGUAACACACUGGACAUUGGAAUAUGAGAAACUAAACGAGGAUGUUGCACACCCAGAGACACUGAUGGAGUUUUGUGCCCAAGUCUCGAAAGAAAUCGUUUGCCACCUCACCAUAACUCAGGCAUAGAUACUACAUCUGAAUAUUGUCAUGAAUCGCAUAUAUGUUCAGUGGUUAUGCUCGUGUGGGGAUGUAUGUUUGGAAUAAGUGUGCCAGUCUCAGAAGGUUUAGCGGUUAUGCAAAGUGUGUCUGUGUUGGAUUUACAUUUGAAGGUUACUAAUAAAUUUGGAAUGUAUUG